AACAAUGAAGCUUCAGUUGGUCAUCAUUUUGUGUGAAUGUAGUGUCAAAAUCCCUCAUGGUAAACAGAAGCUCCAACAAUGAUCCAACAUGGAGACACAUGACUACAGUAUUCCCAAUCAGUCUCUCGCUCUCUUUCCCACAAUCGCACACAUAUUCGUUGUCGACAGACAUACACGCCGUCUCGCCACGCAUGCGCACCGGGGUCCCCAGUAGGAGCCAGCGGGCGCAGGCACGCACGUGCAUGCGCGUGCAGCAACACCGCCUGAUUAGCUUGCGCGAGCCGUCUACGGCAUCCUGGGGAAAAAGAGGCGCGAGAGGCGACAGUGUCGGAAGAGGAGGAGGAGCGCCUUCCUAAGACAGUGGGGAUCGCUCUCCGGCAUCCGCUGGACUCGGAGUGACACGGAGAGGGACGCCGGGCUUGAACGGGGACAGAUCCGCCACUACCAGGACUGGGCUGGCCCUCUCGGAUCCGUACCGUGGGGGAGGGGCAGUCGACGCAGGAAGAAGGAGCCUGUUUUUCCAGACCACAGCUACAAGGAACUGUCCCAGAUUUCCUUUCCCUGUCCCUGUUUGUUCUCUCGUCUGAGUCCCUUCCCGCUUUCCUCCCGAUGUUUUCGCUGUUCCCUCUGCCUCUAUUUCUCGAUACCCAGGUCAUCCUCCGGCGCAUCUGUCACAAUCUCCCCAUCUCGUCCACUUCCGUCAUCUAACUGUCCUAUUUUUCGGGAGUGUUGUCAAGCAUCCCUCGUCCUUUCACGUUGGCCUCAUCUCGCUCUCCUGGCUAGUCUCUGUGCCCUUCAGACGGUCCUUGUCUGUUUACCUCCAUCUUCCCUCUCCUCGCUACGUCUGCCUCAGCCCUGUGGCGGCUCUACAUUUGGGUCAGCUCGUUCACCAAAUGGGAUGAGAUGUAGUCGCCACAGUCUCCAGAUCCAGGGGGGCUCCUGGGCCCCGCGUAUUCUAGCUCGUAAGUGAGGCUGGACCGGAGCUGUCUCUGGACCGACCAGGUGGGCCGCUUUGAGGUGCUGCAUGUAGGCCAGGCUAGUCUGCACUCUUCCUCGCCCUCCCCCGCCCCCGUUCCUUGACCCCGUCGGGGCAGCCUUCACUCUGGAGUGCCCUGGACUCUCCCCACGCACCCUGACGACGCCCUCAUGCCAAUGGGGCACCUGCAGUGCUCCCACUCCGUUCCACUACCGCACCUCCUGCCUGUGCCAUCGGCCCAAGCCCCCCGUCACCCUCAGCAUGGGUGUGGUGGAGGCCAUUGACCCCACGCCGUCCCCCUGUCCCUCGCCUGUACCGGGAGGCUACCGGCUGCCCCGCUCCUCCAGCUACAGUCCCCUGCAGGGGAGGGCAGGGGCAGAGCUGGACCUCGGUGAGGCGGCCGGAGGGGUCCUGGAGGGGGGUGGGACGACGGCACAGCGCAGGACCCCCUUGGUGGACCUGUUCUGCGAGACCUGCUCCAGGCCCUGGCUCAUCGGCUGGUGGGACCAGUUCAAGAGGAUGUUGAACAGGGAGUUGUCCCAUUUGUCAGAGAUGAGUCGCUCAGGGAACCAGGUGUCCGAAUACAUCUCCACUACCUUUCUAGAUAAGCAGAACGAGGUGGAGAUCCCUUCCCCGACCUUAAGGGAGCGGGACAAGCCAAUGUGUCACAUCAGCGGCGUGAAGAAGCUCACACACAGUUCCAGCCUUUCAAACUCCACAUUGCCUCGCUUCGGCGUCAAGACUGAACACGAGGAUGCGUUAGCCCGAGAGCUGAAUGACUUGAACAAGUGGGGCCUUAAUAUCUUUCACGUGGCAGAGUUUUCUAACAACAGACCCCUGAGCUGCAUUAUGUUUGCCAUCUUCCAGGAGCGAGAUUUACUGAAGACCUUUCGGAUCCCAGUGGAUACGUUUGUCACCUACGUGAUGACGCUGGAGGACCAUUACCAUGCCAAUGUGGCCUACCACAACAGCCUCCACGCCGCAGAUGUCACUCAGUCCACGCAUGUACUGCUGUCUACGCCAGCUCUAGAUGCCGUGUUCACUGAUUUAGAGAUUUUAGCUGCUUUAUUUGCUGCCGCCAUCCAUGAUGUGGACCAUCCAGGAGUGUCAAACCAGUUCCUAAUAAAUACCAAUUCCGAACUUGCUCUGAUGUACAACGACGAGUCAGUUUUGGAAAACCAUCACCUGGCAGUGGGCUUUAAGCUACUCCAUGAGGACAACUGUGACAUUUUCCAGAACCUCAGCAAGCGGCAGAGACAGAGCCUGAGAAAACUCGUUAUUGACAUGGUCUUGGCCACAGAUAUGUCCAAACACAUGAGCUUGCUAGCAGACCUCAAGACGAUGGUGGAAACCAAGAAAGUGACAAGCUCGGGGGUUCUGCUGCUGGACCACUACACUGAUCGAAUACAGGUCUUGCGGAACAUGGUGCACUGUGCCGACCUGAGCAAUCCCACCAAGCCCCUGGACGUGUACAGACAGUGGACGGAGAGAAUCAUGGAGGAGUUCUUCAGGCAAGGCGACAAGGAGAGGGAACGAGGGAUGGAGAUCAGCCCCAUGUGCGACAAGCACACCGCCUCUGUGGAAAAGAGUCAGGUGGGCUUCAUCGACUACAUCGUCCAUCCUCUGUGGGAGACCUGGGGCGAUCUGGUGCACCCUGACGCCCAGGACAUCCUAGAUACUCUGGAAGACAAUAGGGAUUGGUACCAGAGUACGAUCCCGCAGAGCCCAUCGCCUCCCCCCGUGUGCCAGGACAAGGAGCUCAACUCCUGUGUGGACAAGUUCCAGUUCGAGCUCACCCUCGACGACGGCUCUCAGGCCAAGGGCGACGUGGCAGCGUGCCCCAACUACGUGGAGCAGGACGGCGACCAAAGCGCCAAGGAGGAAGAGGAAGAAGACGUGCUGGCUGAAGAGGAGGAAAACGAGGACAUCAUCGAGGAGGAGGAGGAUGACGAGGAAGUGGCGAUGGAGGAAGAGGAGCAGGGCGAGGAGCGGAAAAGCGAACUGGAGGCCGAGUCGAAGAGGGAGAGACUUUCUGACACGAGUCCUGUAGAGGAAGAAGAGGAUUCCUCUUCACAAGCUGAUGAUACAUGAGUGUUGCUCUCGUAUCGCCAAGCCCUCCUCACUUGCACAUCUUUUUUCAUCCUUUCACAAGGCCAAACUAAGAACAAGAACAUGAAUAAUAAGACUGCAGUGACAAUACAGACCUUUAAAUCUAUUUUUCAAAAAGGGAAUCAAGAGAAGUUGAUCACACAGCAACUGUAGAUGCGACGUAGUGAGCGUUGGACAAGCCGGUGUAGCACUCUGGGACUGCAAUGCACACAAAUAAACACACACUGUCAUUUUUCAAUGCAAUGUGUGCGCCCGCGUGCAUAUAUGCAGAAUAACUGAGCAUUUGAGCACCCCCUCCUCUACCACCUGGGCUGCUGUUUGCCUGCAAACAACAACUUGACUGUAUGUUUGUAUGUGUGCAUUUACACAAGGGAUCGCUAACUGAUUCUUUUUUUUAAUUUUGUUUUGGAAAAAGCCAUCUUUUAAUGAAGUGUUUAGUCCGUAUUAGCAAUUCAUGUUCAAGUAGAAUCCCAACAGGAACCGUUCUCCUCAGCAAAGCGAGCAACUUUAUUUUUUUUUUUCCAUUUCUGUCGGAAAAGAAAAAUAGGGAAGUUGGAAGCCGGUGGGGGAAUAUGGACGCAGGGGGCCAAUCUGGGUCCCGUACCCCUUUACGAGGAGAGCGCUUAGCUAGAAGAUGGCUCUGUGCCUUUCUGACUCACCAGCCUCCCAGAACGGAGCGCUGCGGUGAAGCAAUGCAUUGUGGGACAGGAAUUAGGUGCGCGCGUGCGUAUGCUUUUUGUUCUCACUUUUGAUUGUCUCUUGUGGAAGCUUCUGUCCAUGCUACUGUGGUCUGUGUGUGGUGACAUGUUUUAAGCUGUCAAGUCUUCCUUUGUCGCUCUUCUGCUGGUAUAACAGAGCAAUCACCACCACCGCCACAAACGCUGACCGACUCAUUUAUUUCCUACAAUAAGCCAUGCGAUGCUUCGGCGCAUAUGUUUUGCCUUUAUUUUCUAUUACGGUGAAAGGUAGGGGUGGGCGGGAUUUUUAUGCCAUCAGCAGAUCAAUUUCGCGCCACGCCCGCUCGCACUGUGUGUUAACUCAUUGGCUGUGCCUUUGACGUCUAGUACUGACAAACUAAUUUCAAUUGACAGCAGAAGGCAGAAAGGAACCACGUGACUGGAAGUCUAUCAACGUCAAUGAGAGGCAAUGAGUUAAUAUCUUCAUAAAAUGAUCACCAAAGUAAAUGAAUACAGAUGAUGGGAAAAGGAAAUCAGGAAUGUUGGUCUGGAAAUCCCUAAUAGAUCUUUUUUUAUUUUUAUUUCUUAAUGUCAGACCACUUCCGCUCUGCCGCUUUACUUCCAUACAUAAUAAAACACAAUUAAUCCCACUUUACCAUAUUCAUUAGGGAGUGAAGAUCGUUUUGGGCGGAAGUGGUCACUGUGAAAAAGAUCUAUUGUCUUUAUUAUGGUUUUUGCCUUAAUGUCAGAGGCAGUGUUCAUACCUGCCUCUUUGUAGAGGAAUAUAGCAGAUAUCCUUCUAUAUUUAUAUUAUGUCUGUAUGCGUGUUUCAUGGCAUUGGUCAAUUAUUUACAGUAUGUGGUGGCUGUGUUUUUACUAACAUAAAGAAUGUUUCUGUUGUUAAACUUAUUACAUUGCAGGUACAACGCAGAUGCAUUUCAAUGUUGAAUUUAACUAGCAUUUAAGCAGGGUACACACAUACCGAUAGUUAAAGGCCAGAUUGUUGGGUUGUACGAAAAGAUGAUCAUGAAUGCUUUGGUGGGGACUGUUUUAAAAGUGGAAUUCUGUGAAACUUAAUCUGGCAGUAAAUGGCAAUAAUAGUAUGGGGCACCGUUUGUAAAGCUGCACAUGCUGGAAAUGUCGACAUUUUCUCACAUUUAACGCAGCACAGUGUUUAAAAUGUGGUGUGACAAUUUUAGUCUUUUUUUUUGUGCACAUUUACAUUAUUUAGCAAAUUAGAUAUUUAUUUUCAAAAAGUACUAGUCUUGAGUGUUUCAAUCCAGAGUAUUUAAUUUAUAUCUUAAAUCUAAAUCUAAAUCUUACAUAUACUACAUCUUAAAUAUAUAUCUUAAAUGUAAAUGUUAAAUCUAAAUCCUCAAUGUAAAUAUAUAUAAUAUAUUUAAUAUAUAUAUAAUAUAUAUUUAUAUAAUUAUAUAUAUAUUAAAUAUAUAUACAGUAUGUAUGAAAUAUGAAUCUUAAAACAUUAAAUGUAAACCUUACAUUUAAAUCCCAGAUAUAAAUCUUACAUUUAAAUCUUAUUCAAUCUAAAUCUUAAAUAUAUAUCUUAAAUGUAAAUCUGAAAUCCAAAUCCUAAAUCUUGAAACGAGUGAAACUAAAUAUUUAGCUAAUAUACAACAUUUAACAUUAUAUAUAACAUAUAACAUUUACAUUAACGAUUUAGAUUUGAGAUUUAUAUUUAAAAUUUACAUUGAGGAUAUAUAGUUAAGAUUUACAUUUGAGAUAUAUAAAGAUCUAGAUUUAAGAUUUAGAUUCAAGAUUUAAAGAUUUAGAUUUAAAUUUACAUUUAAGAUUUAUAUCUAGGAUUUACAAUAGAUUUAAUAUUUAGAUUAAAUUUUAUAUUUAGCAUUUAGAUUUAAGAUAUAUAUAAUAUGUGUGUGUAAGAUUUAGUCUUACAGUAAAGAUUUAGAUUAAAGAUUUAAAUUAAAUAUUUAGUUCUGGAUUUAAACAUUUAAGUCUAAUACUUAUUAUUUAAAAAUAAAUAUUUAAAUAGCUGAAUAAUGUUGUACAUGUGUGUAAAAAAAAAAAAGUGACUAAAAUUUUCACAUCACAUUUUAAACACUGAUGUGGCGCUAAAUGUGAGGAAAUAUUGUCGUAGUUUUCAGCAUGUGCUGCAUUACAAACGGCGCCCCAUAUAAUAGUUCGCCCUUGAUCAUUUCUUAAUGCGACGUAUUUACCAGUUGGCCUGGUUCUUCUCGGACUUUUUGUUUUCUGUCUAUCUGGAUUCCCAGUGGUCAGUCUCGGUACUACAACCAGUAUGUCAAAAAUCGACACGUGUGUACCCUGCUUUUUCAUGACAUCGUAAUCGACAAAAGAUUUGAGAGGACAAGACCUCAAAUAUUCGAUGUAUCAUUGUCCACCUUAUAUUUUCUUUCAAACCAGCAUUGUUUUUACAGGGUAAAAAGCAAAAGAGUGAAGGUGAACAGUAGUGAAAGAGCCAGGUUCUGCAGGUCAGCAACCAAGCUUUUCAGUGUGGGUGUGUAACCUUGGGAAUUCUGAAUGAAAAGCAUCAACACAACAUUCCCUUAUGCACUGGCCGGUUCACAAAAGCUAUAUUCUUUUUUGUGGCUUCUUCUUGUGAUGUCAUAAAAGCUAUGAAAAAAGUCACUAUUUAAUUGCCAUACAAACACAAUACUGUAGCAAAUUGUUUCUUAUUAAUACGAAGAUUAUUCAGUGGAUUGAUUGCUGCCAUUCUUUUUAAAAAUGAUAAAAAAGAAAACCACGGGAAGUGUGUUUUCUUUGAACAGUUUGUGUACAGUUUAUUUUUAUAACAUUUCGGUGGCUAAUGGGUGAAAAAAAAAAGAAAUGUGGAUAUAGCUGUAAGCAUAAUCCCUCUUGUAUAUAGUGUAAUGUAAUAUUGCAUUGUAAAUGAUCGAUUGAACAGUGCAAACACACUGCAGGCCACAACCUUCACCUCUUCAGUAUGUUGUAGUUUCCCUGUACUGUCACCUCUUUGUUGUUCAAAUAUACGUGUACCAGCACUUUAUUUCACUAGACUCUGAAGCAGACUUACGUGUGUGUCGUGUGGGGGUCUGUACUGGGGGUUAGAGGGGUUGCCGUUGAUGAGGAUAUUGCUGUUUCACUGGGCCGAAUCACAAACCCUAAUUGUACCAUGUCAAAACGAGCCAUUUGCUAAUCAAGCGUCCACUUGAGAUUGAAUAUGACUUGUGAAGUCAAAACGUCAGCAGCUAUAUAGUAGUCAUGCAGGAUGUGACAUGUUCAAAGAUAAUAAAUGUGUCCUUAUCUAUCUUGACCAUUUCUAACACUAUCACCUCCUCUUGUUUCUUAGUAACUACAACCAAUAGCCUGCCUGCCUGACAGGUUGAAGCGAUGCAGACUGACUCCCUCCAAGAGUGUUUUGUUAGCUUUAAUUCCCGUGUGUGUGUGUGUGUGUGUGUGUGUGUGUGUGUGUGUGUUUCACAAAAAUGGGAGAAAUUAUUCAAAGGGGUAAAACAACAUGAAAUGAUUGUAAUAUUUGUAAAUGACCUCACUGUAAUGUGUAAAAUGUGUCAGUUAUUUUUUAUUAUAUUAUUUUUUAUGAAAGUUUUUUUCCUCUUAAAAGAGCCGAGGUGUCAUUUUGUGAAUAAAUGCAUUUAAUAAGCAAAAUACCUAUAUAUAAAAAUAUGAUAGUAUAACAGUAUAUUUUUUUUGAGUUUCACUUGUUCGGUACUGUAAAGUGUGUUAGAAAUACAAUAAAGGUCGAUUUUUAUAUUAC